ACUACUACAACUACUACUACUACUUUACACUCCCUCUCUCCCCAAAUCAGCCCCAAUUUUUGAACCCUAACCCUAGCAAUUUCCGGCCUCAGCGGCUUCAACCCCGACGCCGGUAGCCGGUGUAUGGGCACACACCAACCCUUGGAACUCUCGUAAAGCAACUGUAGUCACUACUACUAUUCUCUUCUCCAUAAACCCUCGCUUAUUUUUUGUGCCUUGAAAAUUAGUCAUGGCCGGUGAGAAGAAGAUUGAGAAAGCUGAACCUGUAGCCACUGUGUUGGCAUCAGACUCUGUUAACGGAUUAGGAGAGCCGCAACUGGUCUCUGGGAAAGAAGGGAAACCAUAUGAUGCGAUCUCCUCCAUGACUUCUUCAAGGGAUGCCACCCAUAGCAUCAAAGGUGAGACUGAUCAAGAGUCGGUUGGAGAGCAUGGUGUUUACUAUCCACCCACUAGCUGUUACAAUUAUUAUUAUCCAGGAUAUAAUGGAUCCUAUACUCAAUUGGACGAACAUCGCUAUGCAAAUGCUAGUAAUUCACAUACGGGUGUGCAGUCGGACAAUGGUUCAAUGGUCUAUUAUCUUCCCAGCUAUAAUCCUUAUGCCCCUGGAACUCUUAUGGGUGUCGAUGGCCAAGGUGUCGGUCAACAGCAGUAUUAUUCUUCAUCAGCAACAAACUCUGGUUUUGGAAAUCUAAAAUCUGGACCUGGUGGCACAACUCUAUCUAGGUCAAGUGGCUACAAAGCAAAUGGCAAUCUUGCUAGCAAAUUUUCCAAGCCUUUCCCUUCUACACAACCCAUCAAAUCUUUAAACAAGGUGCCUUAUUUAGGUUCUGAUUUCUCAGCCGGUCUUUUGAAGGGAUAUCCUUCGACUGGAAGAUUCUCAUCAUUCACUAACCAGAAGGGUCUGUUUCCUCUUAAUGGUGAAGCAAACUACAGAUCUAAUGGGAGGAUUCUAAAUGUAAACGACAGAUUCAAAUCAAGGGAUAAAUUUAAUAGAAAUGAGGAUUUUGAAUCCUCAACUGAGUUGACACGUGGUCCAAGAUCUCGCAACAAGAGUCCUCCUUCAGACUCGGCAGUUGAGAAGGAAGUAUUGGGGUUUACAGUCAGUAGGGAUAAAUAUAACCUACCAGAUUUUCAGACUGAUUAUGAAAGUGCAAAGUUCUACGUUAUUAAGUCAUACAGUGAAGAUGACGUCCAUAAGAGCAUUAAAUAUGAUGUCUGGGCCAGCACUCCAAAUGGCAAUAAGAAACUGGAUGCAGCAUUCCGUGAUGCUGAAGCAAAAUCUAGUGAAACAGGCAAACGGUGUCCUAUCUUCCUCUUUUUCUCGGUGAAUGGUAGUGGGCAGUUUGUAGGCCUAGCCGAGAUGAUUGGGGAGGUAGAUUUUAACAAAGAUAUGGACUUCUGGCAAGUUGACAAGUGGAGUGGGUUCUUCCCAGUUAAUUGGCAUGUAGUAAAGGACAUACCUAACACUCAGUUGCGGCAUAUUAUCCUUGAUCAAUUUCUGCUCUUUAUUCUUGAAAUUGCUGUGAACAAAGGUCUGACUUUUGAUUUUGAUUUUGAUUUUAUGAAUGUUUUGCAGAAGCAUAUGAAUACUGGAGGGGAAGACUUUGAAGCUAAAUCGGGUGGGAUCGGGAUGACUUCUGACCGAACAUCUCUCAUUUCACUUACAAAAAAUCUCUCCCUCAAUGCUUGA